AUUUCCUACAUUACAUCCAACAGCUACCGGAGCCGUUGAUGACAUUCCGACACUACCCGGAGUUCAUACAUAUCGCCAAAUCAUAUCCGGCGUCCGAAACGCACGAGACCUCCGAUGAGGAGGAACUGGAGAUCGUCUCUGAGCUGAAGUCGGCUGUCCGUCGGCUACCGAAAGCGCACUUCAAUUCACUCGCCUUUUUGAUGCACCACUUGAAACGGGUCUCGGAGUCGAGUCACGAGAAUAACAUGCCUUCCAGUAAUUUAGGCAUUGUUUUUGGGCCAACACUUCUGAGAACUAGCGACGGCGACGCCUCCCUAUCAUCACUGGUAGACACCGUCCAUCAGAGCCGAGUCGUGGAGCUGUUGAUCACGUACUCCAGCGAAGUGUUCGGCAGUGAGGGGGCCGGGGAUGGCGACGACGAGGUGGACCUCAUGAUCGAGAACUCCCCCAAACAGUCCAAAGUAUUCAAAUCGGCCACUUGUGUGACCAUUUCCGGCCAGAAGGUGGUCACCGGUAACCACAACAACAACAACAACGAUGCCAUCAAUAAUAUGAACAAUAGGGUGGAUAUAGUGGAGGCCAGGCGUCAGUUCUUCACGAGCCCCGCCUCCCCGCCCCAGUACAGGACCUCAGCGCCGGCAGCCCCGCAGGCCGCGCAGAUCGGCUUCAGUACGAUAUCACCCUUUUCGCAGUCCAUCUCCUCGUCCCCCACACCGCACCCGAAGCUGAGGAGGACGUCGUCGUCCCAACAGUCGGGCGCCGGCACUAUGAAUGAGUUGUCCAGAUCUGCAUCCCAUGCCUUCACCACCACCUAUAAUGCCCGUCAGAUCAAAUAUGAUGACAAGGAUGUGAUAGACCUCGAAAAAAUCGGAUCCACUCAAAGGGACGAGACGUUCAACAUAUGGUUCAAAAAGAUGAUAUUCAAGCCAUCGGUAGUGUUUGGAUCCCUGGGCCCUGAGUUGAGGCCUACGUAUCGGUUUGUGAUAGCAUUGCAACAGAAGUUAGUGAACGGUGUCUACGAAAGGGUGACUAAAACCUAUGAUUGGGAGGAAAGGAGGCGUGAAUUUCGGGACUGUACUGACCAACAGAGUCGAGAUAUACCGCUAUUUAUCAGUAUAUUGAACACAACACUACACAUCAAUGCUAUCUUUCCCUUCUAUGACCACAAUAAGUAUGCUGUCAUUUUUGGUGGUCACCCGUCCGGUCCCAGGGCUUGUCUCGCCACUACAAACCUGACCGACAGUCUAGAGUGUUCACCGGAUAACUUGUAUUUUGUGAUAAAUUGUGACAUAACUUACCGGACGGCCAAUACUGUGCUCAUGAUAGUAGUCAUAUCACUGGUCAUUGUAUUCCUAUGCGUUGUGUUUCUCAUGUUUGGCGUUUGGUUUUCCUGUAGAAAUGGAAAGACUGAUAAUAUAAAUAUAACUCAAUUGAAAAAUACUGAAACAGCGUCUAUGGCAUCGGUAUCAACCAUCAACUCAAACACUGGGGAACAGGUGUCACACACGGGUUCACCUAAUCUUAGGAGUAAGAGUAUAACUGAUCGCAAGUGUAAGGCUAGUAAAAAGAAAUACGAGACUGUGAUAGACGUCCAAAAGGUUGGAUCUAAUGAUUGGAGAGAUAUCUUCAAUCCGUGGUACAAAUCCUCAUACAAGCCGUCCGUCGCGUUUGGAUCUCUCGGCAAUGAAUUGAUACCAAAAUAUUGGUUUGUGUUUACAAUACAACAGACGGAAAGGAAUGGCGUUUAUGAGAGACAGUCAGAGAUAUACGGUUGGAAUGAAACGGAUCAGUCGUUGGUGAAUAUGACGGACGCUAUGGGCCAUGAAAUACCGGUAUUUGUCCAGCAAUUGGAUGGGAAACUACACAUCAAUGCUAUCUUUCCCUUCUAUGAGCACAACAACGCAGCCAAUCUGGAACUGGAACACAUCGACACCACUACCAGUCCCGUCAGUAACGUAUAA